CUUCUUCAGAAGGGAGGCACGAGAGAAUCUCCAAUAAAAAGAGAAAGAACACACAAAGGAUCAGCAUCUUACAGCAAAUAAACAACGAAGCGGAAUCCCAUGGAUAAGUUCAGGUUUAGAAAUGUCGACCUUCAGUCGACCAAAAACCAGCUCAGUCACAAUACCAGCGGUCUGAGCUCCACGACUUUGGUCCUGCGGAGAGGACAGGCCUUUCAGAUUCUGGUGAGCUUCAAUGGACGUGAAUUCAAUCCACGCAAGGAUAAACUGGUCUUCCAAGCUGUUCUAGGUCCGUUGUCUUUCGAACUGCCUGUCUCUGGUCCCAGACAACCCAUCACUGGUUCCGGGCAGCCCGCCUCUGCUUCCGGGCAGCCCGCCUCUGCUUCGGUACAGCCCGCCUCUGCUUCCGUACAGCCCGUCUCUGGUUCCAUACAGCCUGUCUCUGUGACUGGACAACCAUCUAGUGCUCAAUGGACUGCCACUCUGGAGCGGGGCGUACCUAACCCAAACUCACCCCUCACAAUAUCAGUUGUGCUCUUCAGCCCAGCAUCUGCCUCUGUGGGGGUUUACACCCUCAGCCUGAGAGUAGAGACCCACACGAGUGUAAGAACCCACUCGCUUGGUCAAUUUACGCUGCUCUGCAACCCCUGGUGUCAAGGUGAUUCUGUGUUUCUGAGCUCUAAUGAGCUGAGAGAUGAAUAUGUAAGAAGUGAUAUUGGACUGCUGUUUAAAGGUACAGCGAGUAACUACGUCUCCAGACCGUGGUCUUUUGAACAGUAUGAAAAGGGGAUAUUGGACAUUUGUAUGAAACUGCUGCAGUUGAGUCCCCAGUAUCUCACCGACAGGAGAAGAGAUUUGCUGAACCGCAGCAAUCCGGUCUACAUUGGCAGAGUGAUCUCAGCUAUGGUGAACUCUCAGGAUGAUAGGGGUGUGCUAAUGGGAAACUGGUCAGGUGAAUACAAUGGUGGCAUUAACCCAUCAACAUGGUCUGGCAGUGCAGAUAUCCUCAGGAAAUGGUCAGAAUCACAAUUCAGGCCUGUUAAAUAUGGCCAGUGCUGGGUGUUUGCAGCAGUCAUGUGCACAGUAAUGAGGGCACUCGGCAUUCCAACUCGUACGGUCACUAACUUUAACUCCGCCCACGACACAAAUGGAAAUAUGGUGAUUGAGGAAUAUUACUCAGAGUUGGGGAAAAAGCUAUCUCUCAGCAAGGAUAGCAUCUGGAACUUUCAUGUGUGGGUGGAGUCUUGGAUGAAGAGGUCUGAUCUGGGUCAAGAGUACGAUGGUUGGCAGGCUCUUGACUCCACACCCCAGGAGAUCAGCGCAGGAAUGUAUAGAUGCGGUCCAGCUGCUCUGAAGGCCAUUCUUGACAGGAAGGUUGAGGCCCAGUACGAUGUACCGUUUGUCUACGCUGAAGUGAAUGCUGAUGUGCGUACAAUGAUUGUGCGUGAUGGGAAGGUUUUGUCAUCCGAGACUGAUACUAAAAGAGUCGGAGCCCUGAUCUGCACCAAGCGUCCAGGAUCCAUGCAAAUGUUAAACAUCACCUCAGAUUAUAAAAAGGAGACACAUAUGUUUGAGGAAUCAUCAAGAGACAAUAAGUUUAAGGAAUCAUCAAGACUCAAUAUGUUUGAGGAAUCAUCAAGAGACAAUAUGUUUGAGGAAUCACCAAGACUCACACAUAGAUUUGAAGAAGCACCAAGAGUCAUUCCCAAGGAUGUUGUUGUGUCUCUGAAUCUUCUGAAGACCCCUGUAAUCGGAGAAAACAUUUUAUUCAACGUCACAAUCACCAACAACGAGAGCACACACAAAGAGCUUAAAGCGCACGUCAAUGCUCAGAACAAAGAGUACAACAGCAAUCCCACAAACACCUUCUGGGAGGCUCAUAAUGACCUGAAGCUCGCUCCUAACGAAACUCAUACUUUCGAACUCGAGAUCUCUUCCAGCGAUUAUGCAUCUAAAGAGGUGAGGGAGGAUUAUCUGGUUAACCUGGCUGUGGUUAUAGAGGACGUGGAGACUCAGAAGAGAACGCUGGCUUCUCAAGAGUUUAACAUCAUCAGUCCUACUCUCACUAUACAGAUCGCAGAUGAGAACUCUGUCAUGAUAAACAUGCAGCAAGUUGCCACGGUGACCUUCACGAGUCCCUUUGCCAUUCCGGUGAAUGGAGAGCUCACGGUCAUGGGUUCAGGACUCUUGGAAGAGAAGGUUCAAAUCAGUCUCACACUGAAGCCUGGAGAGGCCAUGAGAAGAACCGUUCAGUUCACUCCAAGGAUGACAGGUUCCAAGAUGCUCCAGGCUAGUUUGGUGUUGACAAACCUGGCCAGCGUUCUCCAUGGGUUUAUGACCAUACAUGUUAAACAGACUUGAAGAGCUGAAGUGGUUUGAAGAUUCAUGGGAAACAGUCUAUGAACUCAACUCAGCAUAACUGUAAUCCUCAUAUUGUGGUGUUUCUUUAGAAUAAAUCAUAGCUUUGAAGUAUACCUUAAUUGUAAACCAUCUGCUUAAUAAAUAAAUGUAAACGUGAAAGAAGUCUUUAUAUAAAAUUAUGAUUUGUUUCCUUUUUAAAGACCCAGUGAAAUCAAAAUGAAAGUUUUUUUCCUUUUAUUAAAAAUGAGUGAUCCUUAAGGACGUCAAUAAACUGAUAUGCUAUUAAGCACUGACAAAAUUCGCAUCUAGGAGACAUAACCGUUAAAAACUGACAAUCUGGUAGUGCGCCCAAACAAAUCUAGAAAUUCCAUGACAUCAUGCUACACUUGCUACACAGCCUCUCGUCAAAGUUCUUGUCCAAUCAAAUCCGCUUAAGACUGCGAAGAGUCCCGCCCCUUCACUAGCAGAAGUGCGGAAGUGGCACCUCACCAGCCACUUUUUCGAACAUUUAUUAUGUCCUGCAUGGUGAAUGACGCAUAAUGCAGAUGGGAAAUAGGGGAUGAUCCAGACAGUGUAAACAUUUACAUUAAAAUCUUAAUUUCGUGUUAGUGUUACGCAAGCGAUUGCACGUGAGUGUCCUCCGGUUAAGAGACACUAUAGGUCAGAGCUGAUCAUAUGCACGAUCAUACAUGCAAAUCCUCUGAGAAAACAAAACGUAGACCUGUUUCAAGUCUACACAGCAUGUUGAAUGUUAAGGCUCUAUGGAAGAGAUCAAUAUCACAGCCUUGAUGAGUAAAGGCAGGGCCGGCCCAGCCUGUGUUGAUGCCCUAGGCAAGAUUUAAGAUUACGCCCCUCCUAUACAAAUUAACAAAUAAAGAUGAUUUUUUUAAAGCAAAAUUCAUAUUUAUUUGAAUAUAAAAUGAAUUGUGAUGAA